GGAGAUGAGAGGACUCAAUGAGCUCCUUCUUGCUUAUCACGACUCACAUCGACAGCUGUGAGGACGACCUUUUGAAAUAUAUGUAUAUAUAUAUAUAUUUUGUAUCUUUAUUUAUAUAUAUAUAUAUAUAUGUUUGUAUUCUUCCAUUCCGAAGCAACACAUUGGUGUGAUUUAAUGGCAGCGAUGGCAUUCCAUGUGAGUGGACUAUGACGCGCCUCUCGUCCUCCUGUCAGCACAUCAGGACUCAGCUGCGCGUUCAUGCUCACUUCUUCUCCUUUGCAUCUUCGACGCCCGCGGCUGGACACAUCACUUACUGGACACAUCACUUACUGGACACAUCACUUACUGGACACAUCACUUACUGGACACAUCACUCACUGGACACAUCACUUACUGGACACAUCACUUACUGGACACAUCACUCACUGGACACAUCACUUACUGCCGCACUUGAGAAGGUCUCCUUGUGGUUGCAGUGGUGGUCCUGGUCGUGUCGGUGCCCAAGCAACCAUGUGGAGCACCAACAGUGCGCCUCUGCUCCUCUCCUGCCUGGCGCUCACGGCUCUGUGGAGAAGCAGAUUGGUAGACGCCGAUGCCACAUCUGAUGCCUUCAAAACCAACAUCACCCUGUUUACGCGCAUCCUCGACAGCCUGCUGGAUGGCUAUGACAACCGUUUACGCCCCGGUCUUGGAGACAGGGUAACUGAGGUGAAGACAAACAUCUACGUCACCAGCUUUGGACCUGUUUCAGACACAGACAUGGAGUACACCAUAGAUGUUUUCUUCAGGCAAAGCUGGAAGGAUGAGAGAUUAAAAUUUCAUGGACCAAUGAAUAUUUUGCCUCUUAACAACCUGAUGGCGAGUAAAAUCUGGACCCCGGACACCUUCUUCCAUAACGGGAAAAAGUCUGUGGCUCAUAACAUGACCAUGCCUAAUAAAUUGCUGCGGAUCACAGAUGACGGGACAUUACUGUACACCAUGAGGUUAACCGUCCAUGCAGAGUGCCCAAUGCAUCUGGAGGAUUUUCCCAUGGACUUUCACUCCUGUCCACUGAAAUUUGGCAGCUAUGCCUACACCAUCUCAGAAGUGACUUACGUUUGGACGCGGAAUGCCUCCGAUUCUGUGGUAGUGGAAGAAGAAAGCUCUCGCUUGAACCAGUAUGACUUACUUGGACAAACCGUUGGACAAGAGACCAUUAAAUCAAGCACAGGUGAAUACACCGUGAUGACAGCUCAUUUCCAUCUGAAGAGGAAGAUUGGAUAUUUUGUCAUCCAGACGUAUCUGCCUUGCAUCAUGACUGUCAUUCUCUCUCAAGUGUCUUUCUGGCUCAAUAGAGAAUCCGUACCAGCAAGGACUGUGUUUGGUGUAACCACAGUGCUCACCAUGACAACACUGAGUAUCAGCGCUCGCAACUCCCUUCCUAAAGUCGCAUACGCCACCGCCAUGGACUGGUUCAUCGCCGUCUGCUACGCUUUUGUCUUCUCCGCCCUGAUUGAGUUUGCCACAGUCAAUUAUUUCACCAAGCGUGGUUGGGCCUGGGAUGGAAAAAGUGUGGUGACUGACAAGAAAAAAGAGCGUGCGUCCGUCAUGAAGAAGAACAAUGCCUACGCCGUAGCGGUGGCCAAUUACGCGCCUAAUAUCACCAAGGACUCCAGUACGCUCCCGACCAUCGCCAAGGGAGGCGCUUUGGAAGCCCACAAGGCCAAAGCAGACGGCAAGAAGACGUUCAAUAGUGUUAGCAAAAUUGACAGGAUGUCAAGGAUUUUGUUUCCCGUCCUGUUUGGAUCCUUCAACCUGGUUUACUGGGCCACCUACCUAAACAGAGAACCCGUCAUUAAAGAUAUGGUGCCCUCCACUUAAGAGGCCUGCUUUUUGGAGUUCUGGUCUGAGGACUGAGAACCAAAUACCUCCAGCAACUGUGUGUACAUACUUUUGCAGAGUGACGUCCUGGAUUGCAGCGUGAUCCUCUAUUCUAUUUUCUACACCGUCCGCAGCACUUUUGACAACUCUGGCUUUUGUAAAUGUGUAUGUCUAUUUAUAUUCAAUGUUUCAUGGUGUGACCACGUCCAUUAGAAUGUGUUCAAGUAUGUGACCACUGUACAUACUCAGUAGACCCUUUCAUUUCAUUUCAAUCACAUAUUAAUAUUUUGCUGUAAUGCCCAUUUUCGAUGUUUCACAAUAUUCUUUGGAGUGAAAGGGUUUUAUUCUGUUUUUCCGUCUCAAAGUGGCCUCACUAUUUCCUGUCCAAGCCAAUGCAAAAACCCAGUUGUAUAACAUUGUUCAAGAACAAACCUUUUAUUGCCUGUGUCUAAGGCAGUGGGGCUCCCAAUCACCAGGUAAAACAUAUUCAGAAAUAUUAUACUUUGCAAUAUGAAUGAGGAUAUGAUACGAUAGUACACUUCAGUACAGCGGUACCUCGUUUUUUUGUUUGCAAUCCGUUCCCAAAGGUCAGACAAAGUUUGAAUCGUACGAAAACUGAAGCAAUUUUUGUAAAUCCUAUUUCAGACAAAAAACAAAUUUUAUAGAGAAAAAUGCACAGAAUAUUAUUUGUCUGGACACUCUGUUGUGCAUAAUGAUAUGCUAGCAAACAGAGCAGUUUGGUCGUUUGAUACGAAAACCAAGGCGAAAUUUUGGGAGUAAUGUGACAGUAUAAAAAUGUCAUAUCACGGUUAUUCUGACCAAAAUUAUCGUGGUUAACAUUAUCAUCAUGGUACUGUUGAAUAAGCUCAAAAAGUACUUACACACACACUGUAAUCUUUUAACCCAGUUUUAUUUAAUGAGUUAUCGUAUUGUUAUUACAGUGUUUAAAUAUGUUUAUACUCUUCUGUUUUAUUUUGUAAAAGUUUAAGAGUGUCUUUCAAUGAUAAAGGCAAAAUGGUGCGCUUCACUUCCGGUUAAUGUUACGUCUUUCUGUUGUAGACACGUCUAUUUAUGGAACUUCAUAUUUACUUACCUGAAAGUUCAAUGUGCACAAUGGAAUAGCGUUGAUGUGUUAAUACACGUUUAGAUUGGGGUAUGAUGUUUGUAAUGGUUAAAGACGGUAAUCUGUCUUGUAUUCAUGUUAGCAGUUAAACGAUUAGCGCACGAGCUGCUUCUCCUUGAGGUUUUUUUUUAAACUGCGGUAAAAUUUACAAUAAUUUGAAUUUUAAUAUACUCAACCUAAGGAAUUUUAUUGAGGUUUAUCGUUAAUACAGUAAUCGUUACAUCGGGUGAAUCAAACCACAAACAAAAACCAAGGUGCCCGCUGUACUUUGACUUUACAAGCAUAAUGAUGAGUUUCCACAUACAACCACUAGGGAGCAGAAAAGUACAUGACAAGCAGCUGAUUUAAUUUUUUUUAAAAAGUUAAUCAGAUUUAUUUAGUCUAUUUUUUACGCUGUGUCUUUCCAAGGGAUUUGUUUCAUGGCACAAACACCAUCGAGAGCUGUGCGACUAAACCAAAACAGUAGAUUUGUAAUAUUAUUGUUCAGGUAUGUUCAAACAUUUUUUCAUUCUGUAUGAUGAACUUUGAUAUUCUGAUUAAUUCCUUCAGUUUAAACUCAAAAACAACCACACACAAAAAAAAAUGUAUUUCCUUUAUAUCUGUAGCCACACAUCAGAAAUAGUGAGUUUUACUCACUUUUAUUUUCCAUUUUUUUAAUCAAACAUUGCAUGACACACAAAUCUUGCUUGCUUUCUUUUCUUAUCUUGCCGGGUGUUUUUUUUACUUAAAUUCUUAUACAUUCCAGCUAAGAAUGAUUGUUCACAAGUGGAUGCUUGAUUCAAUGCGCAGUUUCUAAUAAAACACAUCACCUGCGCCAGAUAUCAUUUUAUUGACUUUGUUCAACUUAUGACAAGCUUUUACUGGAAAUGUUGAACAACAUUUCAUAAUCAUGACAAUAUAACCCAUACCUUUCUGCUGCAGCGAUACAGCUUUUAAUAACUCUGCAGGCAUUUGCAGGCUUUAGGCUGUACUAUUUUCCACUAAUAGCUGAAAGUUGAUGCCAAAAGUAGACGAUUAAACACUUGAUUUAGCAUUAAUCGCAAAAAUGUUUUUUUUUUAAUGUGUCACACAAGUGUAAGAAGAAGUUAAGCACAACAUGGCUUCCCUCUGCUGCAGGUAAAAAAUGGUGUGUUUAUUGUUGUUUGUAGGCUUUUAAAGGUACAUUUCCCUGAAAACAUUGGUUGAGUUCUGAAUCAUAAAGCACUCCUUAGUGUUUACCUAUAUUCAAUGGUAGUUAUGGACAACUCUACUCACAUUUUUAUGAUUCAUUGCAUCCAUUUUCUAUCGGUUCUCCCUCUCGGGAUCACGGCGGUGCCGGAGCCUAUCCCAGCUGCAUUCGGGUGGAAGGCGGGGUACACCCCGCACAAGUCGCCACCUCAUCACAGGGCCAACACAGACAGAC